GGAAUUUACUUAGACACCAAUUUACAUCUGACAGGGUUUUCAUUAUCAGCUGCUGCUCACUUAUUGAUUUUUAUUCUCAAAUUUCAACAUUAUCAUCAUACUCCUUAUUUUAUUGAACUCUUUUUGCCUUCUACCUGAACACGAUGGCCAGCUCGGGACUACAGCUGCUCGGUUUUUUCCUCUGUAUGGUCGGACUUGCUGCCACAGUGGGCGCUACUUUAAUGGUUGAAUGGAAGAAACAGUAUCAGGGCAAAACGCACCGCAUCUAUGAAGGCUUGUGGAUGAGCUGCAGCGGCAACGAGAGAACAACCUGUGAACUCCACCAGUCCCUCCUCAAGCUGCCAAGUAUGUUUUUUUAUCACAUCUGCAUCUGCCCUGAAAACCAGACACUGCCUGUUGAGAUACCUUCCACUAACGAUAAGUUACUAAUAUUAGCUGUAAGUGUGUGUUUGUCGUGGAUUGACCUCUUAAGCAGUCUGAUAAUUGUGUAAGGAAUGCAGAAAGUCAUUCAAGGAGUUUAUUUUUAUAACAAACUUUGAUUUUUGUUUAUUUUAUAUGACUUCUUCUGAACUUUUUAAUAUUGUGUACAAGAUAAAACGUUGUAGUUCAUGGGGAAAAGAGUAAAUUUGUAACACAUUUAGUUUAAGAGAGGUUUGAAAUCUGUGAAAGAGACACACACAGGAAGCUCAGAUCAUUUACUAAGACUGAGUGAGGAUUUUUUCCUUUUUUUAAAUGUGUGUUUUCCCUGUUUUUCUCUUCCAGUUGAAGUCCAGGCUACUAGGUCUGUGAUGAUGCUCAGCAUCUUGCUCUCUUCUGUGGCUCUGCUGGUUUCCACAGUGGGGAUGAAAUGUACUCACUUCAUGGACGACAAGCCUGACACCAAAUCCAUCACAGCCAUGAUAGGAGGACUUCUGUUCAUUCUUUCAGGUGUGUUCAGUGAAAAACAUACAGUAUAUGUCAAAAAUGUGAUCACACAUGCCUCUAUUCUUCAUCUUUAAUAGAAAUUUUUGUUGGAAUAAUUAUUUUUUUAAGGAAAAUUGCAUCGACCUUUCAAAUCCCUUUUUGAGCUUGGCCAAAAAAGACAAAAACAAAACAUUUAAAAGAGAAAAACAAAACUACAAGAAAUAAGAAACUGGUCUAUGAAAUACUCAAACACAGUUUCUGAUACCAUAGACUGACACCACACAAUACAAUGAAAGCAACAAACAAAGAGAGACAAAAGUGAGGACACACAGUUUCUGCAAUAAAACUGUGUAAAGAUCACUACUGCACAGUGUUAGAGUAGGAAAAGUGAGCUCCUCAUUGAGAAAACAUAUUGACUUAUUCAAAUAUGGAAUUAUGUAAAUGAUAUAUUGAACAUUACAAGAUGAUAUUUCAAACCAGAAAAGUACUUUAAAACAUUUUAAGGACAUACUGUAUAUAUGUCGAUAAAUCUGUGAUGUUUCCUUGUUCAGGUUUGUUGACUGUUAUCAUAACCUCCUGGUACGUCAGCAACAUUGUUCACAUCUUCAAAGCGUCCCAUCGUCUGGAAAGGUACGCACACAAACACAGUCCAGGUUGGUUUUCAGUGAACUUUGUUGUGCAUAUGUGAAUGUAAAUGUAUUUUGUUUCUACACAGCUACGAGUUUGGUAAGGCUGUGUUUGUCAGCUGGGCUGGAGGCCUCCUCGUCAUAGCGGGCGGUGCUUUCCUGAGCUGUCGGAGGUGCUCCCGGUCAGGGUCUGAGUCCAUAAGUGUAAACCACCUCCUCCCCAGCAGCAGCAGCACCAGCAGCAGUAACCCGAAAUCUAACUAUGUCUAGUGGAAAGAACAAAAGAGGAUCAGGAUUAACCAGAGUUUAAAAGAGGAGCAGGACUGGUUUCAGUCCCGAUGAACUGUCCCAACAUGGGAUCACUGAAUACUACCUUCUAUGUACCCUGUGCCCCAUGUCAGGAUCCAGGAUCAAGAUUACACAUAAGACUAAGCAAUGAAAACUAGCUUUACAUCCAAUUAUAAUUACGAAUGUAAAUAAAAUGUAGCAGAAAAUCAAACAUGAAUUUAUUUAAUUAAGCG